UCCCACUGUAUUGUUUUCAACGAGGACGAGUUCUACGCGAGUGCUGGGUGAAAAAGAAAAGAAAACGAAAAACUAAAUAUCAAAGAAAAGUUAAGCGACGAAAACAGUCAGAGCCGCAGCGAGCGCGGCAUUUGGUCUGCAUUUUUUUCUCAACACGCACAAGUGUACCCGCAGCAGGCAAACAUUUCAACAACACGAUUUGACCAAAUGUGGUAAAAAUAGCAAAAGCCAGCAGCAGCAGCAGCAGCCGCCGCCGCUCCAUCGACGUCGCCGUCGUCUUCGCUGUCGACGGCCCAAUAAAAACCCACACAGCAGUAGCAGCCGCAGCAGCAGCAGCAACAGCAAUAAAAGUAUCAAAAAAGUGGAGCAAAUAAUUUCAGUUACCAGGCGAAACGUGCAGCGCAACACGCGUGAAUAAAUCCAAAAAGUGCAAGUGCAGGCCGCCAAAGACGCACAUACACCCACCUACAUAUACAUACACACGCUCACACAUACAUCCGCAUACGUACAUAUAUCUAAACGACAGAGCGCAAUGUCACGACCACGUCCGCGCCUCCCACCCAUUGGCAUUCCGCGUGAGCCGGAACCGGCAUUUGUGCCACCACGUAAUCUGGACUCCCGGGCGACCAUACAAAUCGACGAUCAAACAUUCGACAUCGAUGCGGAUAGUUUGGAGAAGAUUUGUGAUUUAGGACGCGGCGCCUAUGGUAUCGUGGAGAAGAUGCGACACAGGCAGACGGGCACUGUGCUGGCCGUCAAGCGCAUCCCAAUGACAGUGAACUUCCGGGAACAGCAACGGCUGAUCAUGGAUCUGGAUAUAUCGAUGCGAUCCAGCGAUUGCCCCUAUACGGUCCACUUCUAUGGGGCCAUGUACCGGGAGGGCGAUGUCUGGAUCUGCAUGGAGGUGAUGAACACCAGUUUGGACAAAUUCUACCCGAAGGUCUUCAAAAAUCAGCUAACCAUGGAGGAGACGGUGCUCGGCAAAAUCGCGAUGAGCGUGGUUAGCGCCUUGCAUUAUCUGCAUGCCCAGCUGAAGGUCAUCCAUCGCGAUGUAAAGCCAUCAAAUAUAUUGAUCAAUCGCAGCGGCCAGGUGAAAAUAUGUGAUUUUGGCAUCUCAGGCUAUCUGGUCGAUUCGGUGGCAAAGACUAUAGACGCUGGCUGUAAGCCAUAUAUGGCACCGGAACGUAUUGAUCCGCAAGGUAAUCCAGCCCAAUACGAUAUACGUUCCGAUGUCUGGUCGCUGGGCAUCAGCAUGAUCGAAAUGGCCACCGGGCAAUAUCCCUAUAACAAAUGGCGAACGCCCUUUGAACAGUUGCGCCAGGUUGUUGAGGAUGAUCCGCCACGACUGACGGCCGGCACAUUCUCCGCAGAGUUCGAGGACUUUAUAGCGACGUGCUUGAAAAAGGAAUAUACGGCGAGACCCAAUUACGAGCAGCUGCUGCGGCACAGCUUUAUUGUGGAGCAUUUACAGCGCAACACGGAUAUAUCCGAGUUUGUGGCAAGAAUAUUAGAUCUGCCCGAUGAGCAGGCGUCGCAGUAGAGCGGCAAGCGCAGCUGGAGCAGGAGCAGGAGCUGGAGUAGGAGUAGGAGUACGCGUACGAGUAGAAGUAGGAGUAGGAGUAGAGCGUGCGGAGUUAAUCAAGGAUCAACAUGUCUUCUCUACUCAAUG